AUGCGCCAUUAUACGCUGGGAUUUGGUGUUGACGAGUCUGCCAAAAGCCAAGGUGAUGAAGGAAUGGAAUCAUCUGCUCCUCCAAAACAAAGCUUCGUUGCAGUUUCCACAUACAACCGUCAAAAUAUGACAAUAGUCACUGAGUAUAAUAUAUACAGCUUUCGAGUGCUGAUGAACCCUAACUUGUCUGACGCAGAAAGGCUUUCUGAGGAAUGGUAUGUGGCAACGUCAAUGUAUCAUGAAUUUAUGCAUGUACUUGGCUAUGCUAAGGAAUUCACCUUCGAUGGAGACUCUCUCAAAGAGGAAAUAAACGAAGCGGUUUCUUAUGGUGCACUUUAUGAGCCAAUGUGGCGUCGAGAACAAAAGUCUGAACUUGGAUGGGCAGGCGAGGCUUCCGUGUUUGGAGGCACACACUCUAAAAUACUGUACAAUAAAAUAACGGACGGACCUGGUUUAGGAAGCACUCUAGAUCCUUGGCCAGAAUACGACGCAGCAAGGCAUGGUGAUACACCUCAGCUUGUACUGCCCUUGGGCUCAACAUGGGCAUCUCCUCUGCCUAUAUAUAUGCAUACCCAGUUUCGAUCAGAGGACUUCUGGUCGUUACAUACCAGAAAGUAUGGGUUAUUCCACCCAGUAAGUUCGAUAGGCUAUGCACAUGCAAUCACCAUCGAAGAUGAUUAUGCUAAAGAUAUUGAUUAUCAAUACAAAGUUGUUCUUCCGUCUAAUUUCAACAGAUAUUUAUCGCCCGUGUCAGUCAUUACCCCCACCCUGCACGGGUUUUCGAAACCGAGUAAACGUACUUAUGCAGAAUAUCUCUGGUUAAAUCAAGAUGGGAGAACCGACAAAGCCAAAACUCUUCAAAGUCGUCUUGAAAGAUUUCGCGAUUUGUUUCAUGAUAUCAACACAACUAUGCAUCAACAAUCCAAAACACUCAUGGAUUACUCGUGGUUAUUUGCAUACUUUGAAGAGCCACCAGAACCAGAUAUCGAGGAAGCAGAUUACGAGAAUGAUCUUGAGAAAUGGCUUGAUAAAUGGACCGAAUCCUUGAACAAACUCACUGAAGCCUUGGAUGCGUGCCUACAAAAUUUCGACAUUUGCAUUCACAGACUUAUCGUCUGGGAAACAGCCAUUAAAUCCAGUUUAUACAGCGACAGGUACCAUGAAGAAGAAAUUAAUCAACGUAUCUACCUCAAGAGUUUUGGAGCAAAUCUAUUGAAGCUUAUCGAGUCACUUAAAUUCAUAGAAGGAGAAAAUGACAGGAAUUUGCAAAGGUACUAUAAUAAUAGCAUCGAUACCUACUGGGCCAGUCGCAGAAAACUCUCCCCUGAAUCCGAUUACGCGACUGUCGUUGUGGACAAUGCGCCGAGUGUACAAAAGAACAAAGCCGUCUUUGAAGCAAAAUUACAAAGAGCUCGAGCGCCCCUGGCACAUAUGGACGUCGCUUCCUUGGAGCCAUUGUGUAAUCAGAUGCUCCAUGAUGAUCUGGGAGCGGCUCUGAAACCAGCAUUGAGAGCAGAACUUUUCAUACUGCUAACGAAAUGCACGAGUCUCCAUAAAAGUGAAUUAAUUGAAUAUGCGCGGGGAGCGAGAAAAGCACUUCUCUGGUUAACAAGGGAUCCGACAGCGUCGGAUGAAGAAAAGUUGCCGGCACUGGAGAAACGAGACGAGCUCCAAGAGUAUAUAAACGCAAAUAAAAAAUCGUGA